GGUUAAGCAACCCACCUCUACAUCAGCGCAAUAACAGAUCUGUCACUAUGCAGCUGGAUGUAAUAAUUUCAGCGUUUGUGUACGCCUUCGUAAUUGCACCGUUGAGAUUAGAUGGUCGGAUUUCUUCACAAAUCACCCCUGACAUCAUUAAGUUUUUGAACACAAGUGAUCCGAUAUGGUCUUACAUGACGACAUCAACGAGGACAGGCUAUGACUGCAAGGUGGAUGUUGUUGAUAAUAUAGACAGCGAGUACGUGUAUUUUCGGAGAUUUCUUGCCCACCGAAAGCUUAUUGUAAAUGACUGGGUGAAGUUUCUCGUAGGACACUUAUACCAUAAGAGUGCUCGAGAUGGAGCCAACGUCCAGAUUUACAAUGCGAUGAACGUCAGCGUCCGAGAACAUGGCCCUCCUUUAGAUGUUGAAACAUUAGUGUACUUAAGCAUCGACAACCUGUGCGGUAUAUUUGCGGUUGAUGAUAUGGUAAAUGGUGGACAAGAGACCACGUUUGAACUGCGGGUGAAAAACUCCUCCAUACUAGUAGUGAACGAAACAGAGUGUUUUAAACCAUACCAGGAAAUGGUAAAAAAACAAGCUAAAAUCACGUACCAGCCAUCUUGUCAAGACGUUCUGAUUGGAAUGAACAAUUUCGUGCCCGGCGGAAUCAGCGAUAAUGGAGCCGUAGGUUUAGGUUUUCGCCACUACAGCGAACGCUUUUUCAUCCCCUUCAGCCCACUUCCAGUGGCAGCAGUGUUUCUUCCUUCGUGGUUGUCAUGAACUGUGCUUUUCGUGCAUCUUACUCUUCAAUUAUCGACCCCUCAGGAAUUGACCACUUUUCACUCGAAGUACUGCGCAUGCUCUUCAUACGUGUGAAACAGUAAAACAAUAAACAUGCUUCGGUGUAGAAACAACGCAAUAAGAAGUUUGUUGUGCAAC